UAAGCCCUACAGUCCAAUCCCGCGUCAAUGGAAAGACAUGCCGCUCCUGGCGCACGCUGCACCCCACUCCACCAUCAUCGUCAGGGUACUUUUCCCCUCACUAGUGGGCAUGGCAAGAACGACGGCUUCUGAGGCCGAGUACAAAUGACCCUUUCUUCCGCCUCAAAACUAUCUCCGAUGGCGUAUCCUACGACUAUCAGCCUUCCAUGGCUACCAGAUUGCCGGCCUACGUAGAUACCGUGAUUAUUGGUGGUGGACCAGCCGCACUGAUUCUAUCUUUUAUCUUACACGGGAACACUCCUUACUAUGUGGGAGGCCACCACGAUACCAUUUUAGACUCCAAACUGUCGGCGCGUCCCAGCCUGCUCGACCUGACGCCAGAACUCUACGCGCACUUCUCGUCAUCCCUCCGCUAUUCCACUCAAGCAUUACCUAUCAACACACUACUAGACACGCUCAUUCGCCCCAAUGCCGACACAGAAAUCAACCCAACGUCUUGUAUAGAGUGGAGGAAUGAUCCCGGGAGGGCAAUCUCACAUAUUGCACUUGGCGACGCUGCACAGGCUGGGGGACAAUGGGCAGACAAUCCUGUAUCUGCUAGCUGGAACAUCGGGACCCUGAGUUAUGCAGAGAUGCUAUCUCUUCCAGGAUUUUCUUACUCAGACUACUAUGCUGAGACACGGAAGGAGGCUAUCCCUGACUUCAUCCGGCCCUCGCGCGCUGAUGUAGCAGACUACUACAAGGCAUACCCUGCAGCCGUUGGCAUACUAGACUCGAUACGGACCUCAACAAUCGUCGGCCAUGUCUCGCGGACGUCUCAUGGAUUCUACAUUGCGUCUCAUGGUAUAUCGUGCAGACAUCUCGUCCUAGCAUCGGGCAUCUUCACCGUCAACAUCCCUCCACCUAAGCUCCUAGCGCCCCUAGCUGAACUACUAAACUCCUGCGAUCCCUUGCUGGUUAUAGGAUCAGGAUUCUCUGCAGCAGAUGUAAUACUUUCGACUCCUCCCAAUCGGCAGAUCAUUCAUAUUUUCCAAUGGAUUCCCAACCAGCGUCCGUCGCCAUUGCGUGGCUGUCACCACACCGCCUAUCCAGAGUAUGCGACCAUCUAUCGCCAGAUGAAGCUAGCUGUCAUGGCUGGUAGGAAGAAAGCACCGUCAAAGUCCCCGCUGAUGCGUCAGAAAUUGAAUCCAUUCUUCAACAGCAGAGACUGGGCUACAUAUCGAGGUCUUCCGAACGCAAUGAUCGUUGACGUCACCAACGACAACGGGAGGUAUGUAGUCAAGAUCAAGCUCGAAAGUGGCGACAUACUUGAAACCCCCAUUGGCCAUCUUGAGUACGUCGUAGGCCGGCGGGGCUCCCUCGCCUACUUAGACCAAGCCUUACAAGACGAAGUCCUCGAACCCAACCCUUCAGACUCUGAAUCCAAUGCCGCAGGACUCAUAUCCGCGCACACACUCCGGGCCAAAGCAGAAACCGACCUCGAAGUCGCGCCAAAUGUCUUCAUUAUCGGCAGUCUCGCUGGCGAUUCGCUCGUCCGGCACGCAGUCGGUGGCUGCGUCUAUGCAGCAUCAAAAAUAAUGGACAUCGCCUCAUCGUCAAUAUCGUGCUCGAGUAGAACGGGCACUACGACGCCUGUAGGAGCGGCUUCGCCAAUCUCAAAGACCGGCAGCCCGCUUCGCGCGAACUGCAACACCCAUCAGGACCUGCACCUUGACCGUAGGAAGCUUAAGCGCUCGGUGGAUAUCGCAAGCGCAGAGAACAAGGUGUGAGCUGAAUCGGGCUGGUGGGGAGGCGGCUGGCGGAUGCCGUGAUUCUAGGAUCUUUCUGGGUUAGAUUUGUGAGAUUAUUGGGGCAAACUUUGCUUCCAGCAAUCGGGUCGGGCAUUUGCUUUUCGCACUUGCAUGCUUCAAGGUUUGGGUGGAGGCUGCGGUCGAUCUUGGAUAUCCUGUACAUCACACGUCCC